CCAUUUUGACAGCGAUGUACAUCAGCGAAGAUGUACAGUGAACUAUAGACUGCCUGCUGUAAAAGGUUUCAGAUCAGUGGGCAGUAAAGAAAACAUCGUCUCAGAAACUUUCAGGCUGCUGAGGUGGUUAUGAACUUGGCGCUGAUUUCGACGGCAUGUUCAUUUAAAAAGGAGCAGUUGCCAUCCAUGAGAUACCUAACACCAAAUCUGUAACCGUGGUCAGUAAGCAGGACCGGUUGUGUGGCGUGUGCGUUAGUAUCUGGUAAACCGGAAUAGUAAGCAAAGGCAAGCCGUUCUCUUUUUUUCAUUCAGUAAACAACACGCCUGGCCUGGUCCUAACAAGCCCUAUACAUUUCAGUCACUUCUCUUGUAGCCUGCUGUGUUUGUUCAAACAGCAUGUGUAAUGAAAGAAUUGUAUACCAAGACUACGAUUCAGAAUUCACCAUUACUACUAAUUCCAGAAGUUAACCCUGUGACAUUUUACAGUAGUUAUCUGCAGAGAUCACACCAAACACACAUUCUGUUUAUGCCUGUUAAUUGGAGCCCCUUUAAUACUGUUAAAAGUAGCUGUAACGUUACCACAUUUCUGAGCACCUGUGGAAGUCGCAUUCCCUAUGUUUUCCUGCAUGUAUAGAAAGACUACAGCUGCAUCCUUGGGUUCUUCACAUGGUACCAGACAAGAAAGAGAAAAAUAACUUAACAUUUUUAAAACACAUUGGUGAGACAGUGCGGCCCUGGGAUUGCUGCUCAUGUCUCAUUUUGUUAGGAAACGUUCUCUUCUUUUAACAAAUGUUCAUGAGUCCUUGAUGCUUUAGACACCGAGCUUUUGUUCUUCGUAAUGUUUUUUUUGUGGCUCUGUGACUCUGAAGUAAUCUGUCCAGUCAGAAAUUUAUUUGUGCCUUGUUGCAUAUGCAUAUGGCUGAAAUGCCCCCAUCACGGACUGAAGCAGCCCACCGCUGUCUUAAACUGGCAGUUUCAUCCUCACUUGCUCCAAGUAACGUAAAUGAAGAUGAAACCCUACUGCUUUCUCUGAACCCACAUCUGAAAGAUGACCAUGUGCAGAAUGUCAAAGGGAAGGAUUCCUGUUGCAACAGCUACCAGUGUGGUGUGCUGCUUUCUCUGCCACAGGCAUGGUUUAAUAGGGAACAGUUGAAAAUACAGAGACUUGUUUCUAGACUGAAAAAGACAAACUCUGCAAGUGUCAGCAAGCUACCCAAUGGUUUGAUGGAUGUAUGUGUAAAUGAGAAUAGUAGGGCUUUGUUUUCUCCUUCUGGGCUGAUGACAGCAAUAUCUGCAGACACAGCAUGCACCAAAGGUGAGUGUAGUAGUGUUAGUAAAUUGCCUACAAAUCAGAACAAGUUUUCAUGUACUGCAUCCUUUACACUAAGUAAGAUGCCUCUGUUGUGCAGCCAGCCACAGGCUGAUAUCACUGGUAGAGCUGCAGUGCUUUUGAAUCAGCAUGCCGAGCUUGAGAGUCGUGUUCAGAGGUUAUGCCAACGGUUGCAGACUGUACAAACGAAGCAAGUAGACUGCCAUGUCCAGCAACAGCUGAGGGGCUUUUUGGGACACAGCUUAGAAAGAACUCAACAACUUCACUUUCCACAUUCAAGAACUCUGUGUUACUCAAAAGUUGCAAGUAUGCCACUUUCAUCCAGUUCUGGUGCUGCUUUGACGUCAUUUCUUUCUGAGCCUGAGGUUUCAUCUGAUAUCAGCAGACUGGUUCAAAGCACCACAGUAGCCCUUCAGGGUUUAGAAAGAACACUGGAUUCAGACUGCACAGAGAGCAGCUCUGGUGGGGAAACUGAAUCGGAGGAGGAGCUAUACAACAGGAAUAACUUGCCUCUCAACGACAGAUUACGCCAGCAGUACAAACUUUUGCAGAGUGAAGCAGAAUGGCGAUGGAUCAUGGAACGAGCUGCAGUUAUUAGCCGUUGGACAUGGUUGCAGGCACAGGUGUCUGACUUGGAGUACCGGAUCCAAAAGCAGACUGAUAUUUAUAGGCAGAUUUGCUACAGCAAGACUCCUGUUCUACUUGACGAUGUUCCACAGCCUGAAGAUUUAAUGAAGCAGCAAUAUCAGGUAGCUUCAGCCACACCAUCUGGUAACUCAGAACGAAAUAGAUUGGCAUCCUCCUGUAAACUGAAGAUUCCUUUGAUAGAGAGCAAAUGCGGCUUGUCACCCUGCAGCCCCUCCCAUGUCCUCCGUAAUGUAGACAAACAGAGUUCUCGACUUACACAGUCCUUAGGAAACUUCAUGUGUCCUUCAAGUCCUUUGUCUGCAUUCAGUAGAUGUUCUUCCCUGUUGUCCAAACCCUGCACUCCGCCUCGUAAUGCAGUCAGCACUUUGAACAGUUUACAACAUGUUAACCCUGAUAGCUGCUCUUUGGAUAGCACAGAGUUUGAAGAGAGUCUCAAUAAAAAGCAAAUGCUCAUUGCUCCAUCAUCCCCACCAGACAACAGCUGUAUUGCUGCCAGAGUUCGCCCUGUUUAUAGAUACAGGAAACGUAAGCUUCUCAGAUCAAAUAUAGUUCUGUGGCCCAGCAAGAAGAAACCACUGAACAUGAGAUGUAGUUGUGAGCUGCCCAGUAAGUGCAUCCUUUGUGAUUGUAAAGCAACAUCCCUGAGUUUGGAUCCUAAUUUGGUACCUCUUCAGGAGAGAAUUGCACAGCUUGAGCCUUCAUUUCAUUCCAUUUUGUCAUUCCCUAAUGAGCACCCUGUUCAUCUACACUUAAGCAUCUUACUGAAAGAAGAUAUGUUACACCGACUGUUGCAGAAGGCCAAUACCCACAAUUUGUCCAAUUUAAAAAAAAAGCCAAAAGAUUUUAAGAAUACAUGCCAGAGAUGGGCAUCUUCACUGAUAUCUUCACCUAGUUCUGCAUUAAAAAGCAACACGCAUCAGCCUGCAGUGACCAAUCACAACCCCUUAGAGCCAGGUUCCCAGAUUUCCAGAUUAAGUUCGAUGGUCAACCAGCUAUCAUCAUUUUCAGUGUCUUGUUCCUCUUCUUGCACUUCCAUGGAGUCAUGCUUAACGGUCACAGCGGGGCAUUCAUCAUCUGCUUCAGCUGUGUCUUCAUCUGUACGCAAAAGAAGAGGUGAAUGUUCCUUUGACAUCAACAACAUUGUGAUCCCAUUUUCAGUGGCAGCAUCAGCACGAGUUGAAAAGUUGCAGUACAAAACAAUCAUCACACCAAGCUGGCGAAUAGUAGAUCCUGCAGUAUGGGAGACAAGAAGCAAUUUUUUGAAGAUGCAGAUUGAAGAUGAAGAGUUUGAAGAUUGCAGUGAUGAAGCUUAUCUGAACCGACACAGUGCAUAUGAAGAUUCAGAACGAUCCAGAUGGAAUUACUGGGUCUUGUCUAAUUUAAAGAGACGAGGAAGCAGGUCCUACAAGGUAGAUGGUCAUUCAGCUACACAGUCAUUUCAUGUAAAUCCCUCAGCCACUCGGUCAGCAUUCUCUGAUUAUGAAUUUCACACUGUUAAUGAUUCUAACAGUUCAUCCUCCAGUGGACCUCAUAGCCCUGAACUUUUUACACCUCAGCAAAUCUUUACUGUACAGAACCAUACCAGGAUUAUUUAUUUUAGUGAAAAUACCCAGUCCCCAGCACCUGAAAUUGCAGAUGAUGAAAUGAAAGUAAGAUUUGUGCUCACUGUUUUGUUUUUAUUCAUUCAGAUUUAUUGUAGUACUUCUAAAAUACAGAUCAAAGGAACCGUAAGUGCAGCAACAUUUAAUAAAUCAUCUAUAUGAAAAUUGUUCUUAGAACUACAUUGUUGCAGCAGGUAAUAACCCAAGUGCCAGGUUCCCAUGGCAGACUUUGUAGCUAGUGAGUAAAGGAUCACUUAUUCAGAUACCAAUCCACAGUAUUAUCUUGUUUUUUAAGUACGGGCUUUAAGAUUGUUCCCAUGUUCUCUGCAGUCAUGAUUUGCUAUUGACUUUACACAAUAGGGCUUUAGGGAUAUUUCAUUUCAGCUGGUCUUCAUGUUAUGACUCACUUGCAUUUUUUUUUCCUUUUAGAUUUUACAUACUUAUUUAAAGAUUUUUCUUGCCAGAUUUGAAUGUUUGAGUAUUUUCACACCUUUAUUACUUCUGCAGAAUAGUCAGUGUCUGAAGAUCUCAGAAAGGGUCUUCAUAUGACCUCAUGAGUUUCCAGGUUUAUGAAAUGUUUGUUGGGCUCUACCGGUAACCAGGGUCAAAAUAAAAUGUGAAGUCAUCUGGGUGAAAGGGCAGUAUACUUUACUCAUAUAGGAUGGUAGUAUACAUUUACGUGAAACCACCCCAUUUCCAAAAUCUCUAUUACUUUAUACACUGCUUAUUAAAAUAU